AUGAAGAAAGUAAUGGAAAUUUAAAAAUAAGUUUAUGAUACUGCCAAAUAGAAAAUAUAAAGCAAUCAAAAAAUAUUAGAAUUUUUCUAAUUGUUAAUAAAUUAAAUAAAAAAUGAUGAAAAUUUCAUUAAAGAAAAUUAGGAUCUAAAAGAAACAGUUGAAGAAUUAACAGCUUAAUUAAAAAUUGUUCUAAAUGAUGAAAAGUUUUCAUAAAAUAAAGAAAUGAUAUAAAACUUGCUCAAUUAAAUAGAACAUUUGAGAACAUUGAAAGAAUAUUUCAAAGAAACAUUCUAGUAGAAUAGCUAAGAAUCUAAAGAUCCUUCAGAUUCCUAAAAAAAUAAUGAAAAGACUAGUUCUAAAUAGUGA